AUGAAUACCACAAGUGAAGAAAUUCGAGAAGAUGGAAAGCAGAGAAGAAAGUCCAUAGGUACUCCAAGCUCUAUGAACGGCGGUCAUGGUGGUGGUUUGACCGUUUCCGGCGGCAAAACCAGACGUUACUCCAUCGGCAUACCGAGUUCCCGAAAGAGCAUUGAAGAAGAAGGUAACAUCGUCCCUAAUUAUCUCAGAGCUUCAACUGGGUCAUGUCACGAUUUCUGUAAAUAUGGUAAGAAACAUGAACAAUCAAAGUCUUCAAUCCCCAUAAAGUUCAAAAGAUCAACAGCUGUCAAUAAAGAGAAAGUUAUUACAACAACUGUAGCUCCAGUAGAAAGAAAGAAAGCAAUUAAGCCUUUUCAAGAUCCCAAAAUUCAAACGCCUCUUGAAUUAACCAAAAAGGAUGUCUCAAUCUCAUUAACAUCAAAAACGACACAAGUUUUGAAACGGGUUAUGUCAGCAAACGGGAAACCUAAAGAGAAAGAGGUCAAAUUGGGUCAACGGUCAACUUCUCUUGUGAAACGAAGUCCAGGGUCAAAUGCGUCAAAUGGAGAGGUGAUUAAGAAGAAAGAUAUUAGAAUUGUCAAAAAGACAGGGAUUACCCCUAAAGCUGUUAAGAAAGAUGUCGUGAAGGGUACUCCAGUUGAAUCAAAAUCCCCUAAAGUUUCUUCUUUGAGUAGGGCUACAAGUUUGAAGGUGAUAAAACAUAAGAGUGUUAAAAAGGUGUCUCCAUUAAAGGAUCAAAACAUAAUUCAAAAAAUCGAGGUCAAGCAAAUUGAAACAGAAUCCGAGGCUAAAAGUGAGAAUAUUGAGUUCGAUUACGUUCAUGAAACUGUUGGAAUCGUUGAUUCUCCCUCAUUUCCAUCACUGGAAUUGAUGAAUGAUCCUGUUUCCAUAAACGGGUUGGAAAAAGAUUCGAUGAUCACACAAUCAGUCUAUGAAAGCUCCAAACUUGAAGAUGAUUCAUCAAUGGCAGAAGUCUUGGAAAAGCCCCAAUCUUUUUCAGAAGUUGAAGAAAAUUUGUUAAUUGCGCCUCCUGUUUCUGAAAGCUCUCAAUCUUAUUAUGAUGACGAGGUUCUUGAAGAUGAAUCUGACUUCACUGAUGAAGAGACUGAAAGUGAUAGUGAUAAUGAGAAAGUAAACUCCACCGAAAAUAAGAUCUCAAGAAAGGGGAGAAUGGUAAUUUCUGAAGAUAAAGAUGAUGAAGGGGUGAAGUUAAGGUUCAGAAGAGGAAAGAUUCUUGAUCUUCAAUCUGAGAAUAACGGACCUCGAAGGCUUAAAUUCAGGAAAGGGAAAGUUAUGGAGGGUAAUGAAGAGAGACCACAUGUUUCUAGAAGAAGUUUUGAAAAGAAACAUGAAAAAGAAACAAACAAUGAUUCUAUUUCUAAUAAUGGUCAUGAAAACGUUGUUUUGAAGCAUCAAGGUGAUCAAGGAAAGAAAGAUGCUCAAGGGUUGUUUAACAAUGUCAUUGAAGAAACAGCAAGUAAGCUUGUUGAAAGCAGAAAGAGUAAAGUGAAGGCAUUGGUUGGAGCUUUUGAAACUGUAAUCUCUCUUCAAGAUGGAAAACCCUAA